UAUGGUGUCUACAUAUUUAUUUUAACGUGAAAAAUUUAAGUGAGUGUUUAAAAUAUAAGUAAUAAGUGCUUCUGAGUUAGUGUUUAUGUGUCAGUUAUUGAAUUAGUGUGUUUAAAAAUUAAGAUUGAUACCGGAUUGCAAAGGAAAGGGUCUCUGAUUAAUAAAUUUUUUCUGAAUGCUGAAAAACGUCAGAGCCGAGGCAGAAAUAUACCAAAAUAAUGACGACUGAAAGUCAAGCUUCGAAACUGGAUUGCAGAUUAUAAUAUUAUUUUGACACCAAUGCGUCGGCUGACGAUAACGCUCCAGGUAUGCUACGGCACGAAGAAAUGACCAACAUCACAGCAAAAUGGACUAUAAGUACUGGACGACAUGGAUGAGAAUCGCGUGCAUACAACUCGCGCUGCUCACCACCACGGUGGCAGACUUCACUACAGAGUGCCAGAGGCCUUGCGACUGUAGAUGGCAAUCCGGGAACAAAGCAGCUAUCUGUUCUAAUUCAAGUUUGAAAGUUAUUCCCGCAAACUUAAGCAACGACAUACAAAUACUAGAUCUAUCCAACAAUAAUCUACAACAACUACAUCAAGAAGCAUUCAAAAAAGUUGGCCUAAGCAACUUAAAAAAACUAUUCCUCAAAGAGUGCAACAUCGAAGUUGUUCAUAAAACUGCGUUCGUUACUCUCGCAAUCAUGAUCGAACUAGAUUUAUCGAAAAACAGAAUCAGAUCACUGCACCCCGAUACGUUCAAAGGCACAGAGAAGCUGAGAUUAAUAAACUUAAGUAACAACUUUAUCGAUAAGUUGGACGACGGCAUAUUUCGCAAUUUGAAGUUUCUUCAGAAAGUGGAGGCGAGCAACAAUAGGAUACACCGUAUAGGAACUAAAGCGUUCGUCAACUUGCCGCAGUUGAAAAUAUUGCGGUUCAAUGGGAAUAAUUUGAAUCAUAUGAAGCCGGAAACUUUGAUGGGGUUGAGAAACUUGUCCGGGUUAGAUUUACACAACAAUCCAUGGCGUUGCGACUGCAAUCUGCAAACGUUCCGGGACUGGGUGAUCAGUCACAACCUGUACACCCCUCCCACGUCGUGUGCGGAACCGACAUCCGUACAAGACAAACUUUGGAAUGAAUUAGAUUCGUCGAACUUCGCGUGCCGGCCGACAAUACUCGAGCCGGUGCCAGACGCAACGGUGAAAAGUUACGAUGAAAACGUGACUCUGACUUGCAAAGUAGUGGGGAACCCACCACCUGAAGUCGGUUGGCGAUUUAACGGGAAAACUAUUGAGAUGAAAGCUUUUGGCGAGAUAAGAUACACGGUGGCUGAGAAUACUAUGGAUUUGAUACGAUGGGUGAAUUUGACGAUAAUAUAUGCGAGGUACAGUGAUAGAGGAAACUAUACGUGUGUCGCUGAGAACCCUGGGGGUCGCGAUGAGAAAACAUUGACCCUAGUGCUUUCAAGAUACGGAGGGGUUGGUACCAUAGCUGGCAUGGACACUGAUUCCUUCGCAAUUUUAGUUGGCUGUCUAACAGCUAUAGUUAUAAUUUUUGGAGCUGCGCUAGUAGUCUGUUACUUUACUACCCAAAACAAUGAAAUUAAAAGACUGAUUAAGAACGAUACUCGUUCUUCUAAUGGGGACGUGUUAAUAGAGGCGUCAGAAGCUUCUGAGCCUGAGAAGGCGUUGAAGAUGGAGGUGAAUCCUGUGUCAAAGCCGCCGAGGAAGUACGAGGCGCCUCAGUCCUUCACUAGUGAAGCCACAGAGAUGUCGGAACUGAAUAGGACAUUAUUAGACAACGAAUCUGUGUUAGCAUCUACCGAAGACAACAGUCGGCAUCAAGAAGUGGAACUUCCAAAAAUAUCCCAUGAGGCGUUACUCAUGGAUCGCCUAGCUCAAGAACAUCAAGCGUACCCUCCAGACCUCCUCGCAUUCCCUCUCAGAGGGACCCAAGUCUCCCCUGCAGGUGUAACUUCCCAAGAGACAGAAAGUCCAAUCAAAUCACCAGUUUAUGGGGUGACUGCUGUCAAUCCAGCCCUCUACAGCAGGUUUCAAGGUCAAAAUUUCCAAGGAUCGAUACCCCUCAUCAGUUCGAAAGGCUACGUCACCUUACCAAGGAGGCCUAGAAUGGUUCCCGACAAUAGUCUUCGUCCACAAGUUUUCUCUACUCUCAAUGGAGUGAUACCAUACUAUGACACUUUUAAUAUGAGGUUCUUCAACCAUGGUGGUAACUACUACAGUUUGAACAAGAGUGAGAUAGAUCUGGGUCCCAUAGGGAAGAUGCCUUCGUACCCUGAUGAUGAGGAGCCAGCUCCGUCUCCUGCACCAGGAACUCCCCAUGCAACGAUACCGAGGAACAGCCUGAGUUCUCCAAAUAUUCAUAAUCAGCUGCUGACUCUGCAAGCUAUGUCUGCAAACCAUUUCAUCAAAUCGGAACAGAGGCCUUUAAAAGUAACCCUGGCAGAAAACGAGGGUCUACUAAAGAACCGUGAUUUUAGAUCGGGUUAUUCAGUGAAUGUUGUUAGUGGAACCUUAGGAAGGUCUAGGACUGCUCCCAAACCACCUCCUAAGCCGCGAAAGAAAAAUGCUUCUGAAGUGAAAGAACAGUUUUUAAUGAACGCUGGUGAAAAUGCCACCCAGGUGUAGUUAACUUGUGAUGUAUGAACAUUUUGUAUAAAGAUGUCACUAUACUUAUGGAAUCAAUCGGAUUUGGUUUUGAUCUUUUUGUAGAUAGACCACGAAACGUAACUUAUUUUUAUCUAUUAUUAGCAAAAAGAAAUAAGUAUCGAAAUUCCGGAUACUAAAUUAAUAUCAAAAAUUUCCUAAACUAAAAAAUGCUUGUGAAUUAAUUAUUAUAUUUUCGGCUUACUCACGUCACUGUUUGACGAAGACCUCGAGUAGUUUCAAGCAAUACUAGAGGCUCAUAUACGUAGCAGCGCGUCGUCUUUCGCAGAAUGCUCGAAAGUUGUAAUAUAAAGAUGCUUGUGUUUAGCAGUCCUCUUUGACCAUUGAACUAAAAAACCAAUCUCCGGUUUAUUAAACUAAAAUAACAGCCAAAUCAGAGUCUAUAAUUAUACUCUGAUAAUCUUAAACAUCCUAUAGAUAAUUAGAUGGAACCGCUGAUUAAUAUAGAUAGAAAAUGAAUUCCUCUUAAUAGACCAAUUAGGAACCUUAAUAUUGACAUUAGAGCCUUAAUUAUGAAUGGAGCAAUUCUCUAUAAUAUUUGAAAUAAUGAUUUUAAUGAUACUGUUAAAGUUCUUGUAAUAGUUUUCUCAAUAAUGGCUCACUCUCGCAGAUGUAAUUGUGGUCAUUUGGAACAUCAAAAAGGUAUAAAAGUGAAUUCUAAUGCUUGUAAUAACUAUGAAGAAUAUUUAGAGCAGAUUUGUGGUUGUAUUUAGGUUUGAAUUGAGUCUGAAAUGUGCUAAUUUGACCUCUACUUAUUCGUUAUGUGAAAAUCAUUGAAUUUUAUUCCCGAGUUUUAGUGGUAGUAAAAUCGUCCGUUACAGAAGAGGAGGUGACUUUGAUUUUGUGUUAUAUACCGAUUUUCAGCAAUUGUGAUAGCUCAUAAUUUUCUAUCUGUCCUUUUGAGGAACCACAUACUUACCAUUUUCGCUCAAACCAUCUCGAAACAUGCAGUUACAAUGAGGUGCAAUCCGAUAUCUUUGGAUUUUGAUAUUACUUAUUUUAAGACUCGGUCUCGGGUUCGAUUCCCGGGUCGGGCAAAGUAUUAUUG